AUGAGCCGAAACCUCCUCAAUGAGGGGUUUUCUGACUCCCUCAAUCAUCCUCAUGCAAACACCCCUAGCAACAAUCAGCCACACGUAGAUAAUUUAUCAACCUCAAGCAGCAAACGAAUGAAGAUUUUCAUGCUCAACAUGACACUGGGAUUGGUUGUAGUACUUUUGAUUGUAUUCGGUGGUUUUCAAUUAUUAUUGAUGCCAAUUAAUAAUACCAAGGUGCAUCAAGAUCAAAAGGAAACGAUUCAGAAGCCUCCACAAUCCGAUAAAUGGCACUCCAAUUCAUACAAGAUACCAUUCCGUGCCUUCCUUAAUCGAGAGAAUAUGAUCAAUGAUAUGGAACAAUCACAGCAUGCGUUUCUAAUGACGCACGAAAAUAAUUUAUUGAAUCAACCUUCACGCAUUGCAGAAAUGAAAGCUGGGAGCCCUCGCUUCAUCCACCCCCAAACUGAGGCCAAUAACGAGCCUACAGAUAGGAAUCUCGAGCCCACUCGGCAGUUUAUUGUGAAACUCCGAGAUGGAAUUUUUCAAAAGCAUUCAAAAGGUGAGAGUGCCUUGAAGAGAAAACGAGAAUCGAGUGACUCCAAGUUUGAAUCCAUACUCUCCUCGUUGGUGGUUAAUAAUAAUGUGCUGGGAAACGCUCAUGUGAUUGCAGUAGUGGCUCGUACUAGUGAGUUACUUUAUGCAUCAGAAGAUCAAAACUCUGCUAUUGAAUGGAUUGGAGAAUAUGAAUCUCGAUUCAAAACAUCCAUUAAUUUUGAAAAGCUAGAAAGUAUGUCUAAAAGGAUGCUUAACAAAAGAGAAGGCACAUCCACGUCAAAACAUGGCAUUAAACGUUUCAAUACUACAGCCCAAACAACCAUCCAACAGGAUUCAGUCAGAGGAUUAAGUCCAAAAGACGACAGCUCCAACAUGAUGAUGGACUUUGAAGUUUCAAUUGUUUCAUCCCUUGGUGCCAUUGCUUCGGGAAAGAUGUUGGAAGAGGCAUUUGAAAUUGCUCGUGAAUUGAACUCGCUUUUUUCAACUAAAUUCAAACAAGGAACGGAUUUUAUACCAUUACGUGUAGUGAGCGAGAAUCAAUUGGAAUUGAGCUUCUCACCUCUAGUCGCAAGAGAAAUAGGUUCUAUGCUUCUCUCCCAUCCCAAUGUGCACUUUGUGGAUGUUAAAUUGAGAGUGUCUCUUCUGAACAAGCGAGUAUCGUCCCUGGUUCAAGGUUCGAACUCGAAUUCGACUACUCCCUUCUACGACCUUAACAUUCUUGGAGCUAGUCAAACCAUUGCUAUUGCAGAUACAGGACUUGAUUAUGACAAUUGUUUUUUCAAGGAUUCUACCAGAUCGGUCACUGUCAAUACGCUCAAUACGAACAGGAGGAAGGUUGUGUAUUAUGGAACACUCUAUGGUAACAAUAAGGAUAGCGUCAAUGGACAUGGUACUCAUGUUGUUGGUACUGCUCUUGGUUCUUUAGAAAAUCAAGCUCUUACUUCUGGGCUCAACCAAUACCAUGGAGUUGCACCCUCUGCCAAGGUCUAUUUCACUGACUUGGAAAAUGCACAAGGAGUUCUUUCACUUCCUUCACCUGUGAACACUUUAUUUACAACACCCUAUAGUAGUGCAAGCUCUGUAAGGAUAUUCUCCAACAGCUGGGGAUGCUCACCUGCAUCCUACGUUUCGUGUGUGUAUGAUUGUAGCAGUUGUACACUAUCCAUCUCCUAUGCAGGUCUCCCCGCAGGAACAGAAGUGUCCAAUGACGAUUGCCAACAGCUGUUUGGAGUUCUUACAUGCUGUGAGGUUUGUAACAAGUAUAAUAGCAUGUCUCAAGCAAUAGAUCAAGUGUUGUGGGAUUACAAAGAGGCCGUGAUUGUGUUCGCUCAAGGAAACGAUGGAGACUUGUCAGAAUUUGGAAAUGUUGGUUAUCCUGCCACUGCAAAGAACUCGAUUGCAGUUGGAGCUCACCAAACGACCAAUGAAGGUUUCAUUGAUGGAGUUACGUAUAUUGAUUUUCAAGAAGAACUCACACGAUAUGGAUUUUCCUCCGUAUCAGAAUGUUGUGCUUCAACAUCACACGAAAUAAGAAUGAAGUGUUGCGCCUCCACCAUGACAUCCUAUUAUAGUACCCAUACUUCGUAUUACAAUGAAAAUAAUUUGGGCUAUUUCAGUAGCAGAGGUCCUGCAAGUGGUACCAGAAUCAAACCAGAUGUUGUGGCACCUGGACAUUCGGUGGUGUCUGCACAUUCUGACGGAACCACAUCGUCGAACAAUUGUGGUACUGGUGCUCCCCAAGGUUCAAAUACUGCAGCACGAAUCACAAAGUUUGGAACAAGUAUGGCUGCACCAGCUGUUGCUGGUUCCUUAGCCUUGAUACGAGAAUUUUUUCAAACCCGUUUGCAAAUUACAAAUCCCAAGGGAGCUCUUCUAAAAGCAGCUCUUAUUCACAGUGCAGUUCCGCUCACAGGUACAGUCUCGUACUCUUCGACAGAAACACCUCGAUACUCUAUUUCAGAAUUCUAUGGUACGCCAAAUUACUAUGAUGGAUUCGGCAAAGUACAAAUUGGUAAUCUUAUUAGUAAGGGUGACACUUCUGUGGAGCUUAAAAUUCUUGAGGGUACGUUUGCUUCAGCCACUGACACAUCAAAACUGUGUUUUCGAUUGAAAAACAUUCCCAAUGCAAGCAACGGAAACACAUUUUUCAAAGCUACGUUGUCAUGGUAUGACUAUCCUUCGAGUAUUGCAGUAUCUGCGACUCUUAUUCAUGACCUUGAUUUAAUUGUGAAUCACUACGCCUUGUCGUAUAACACAAGCGCAAACUCCUAUACGAAUAUGACUCUAUAUUUUGGAAAUGGGUUAUUUAACGAAACCGAUGUUCACAAUAAUGUGGAACACGUCGAAGUGAAGUCUAUCAAGUUCAGCUCUUCCAACGACGAGACUCAAAUGAUCAGUCUACAAAUCCUUAAUAAGGGUGUUUCUAAAAGUCAAGAGUUUAAUGUGGUUACCUCCUACGCACAAGGUUAUUGGGAGACAUUGCCUUCAAGCUCGUGCGUUUAUAAGACAUUUGUAGACCCUAUUCCUGAACCAAGUGUUGUUGACAAUAGUACUGUAGUGGUCAAUUCCACUGUGACCAGUAACAAUGCAACCGCAGACAAAAACGAAACACUUUUAAAUAAUUCUACCUCCUCAUGUAUGAACUGUACACACGAUUCUUCGAACAGCACGGUCAAUGCUUCAAACGGUACAGUAUUUGAAAAUAAUUCCACGCUGAGCACAGAUAAUAGCACAACUCCAACUUUAAAUGUGACCAACGGAACCACCACAAGCAAUGAAACCUAUUACGACAAGAACAACACAUCGAUAGGCAAUGAGACCUCAUCUUCAAAUAGUAGUUUUUCAAGUAACAGCUCCAUGGCUGAACAGUCGUCUUGCAUCGCAAACAAUACACAAACGACAGCUAAUUCCACUCAAACCACAAAUAAUAGCACAACACCAUCUCUCAAUGUCACCAAUGGAACCACCACACACAAUGAAACUUAUCAUGACACGAACUACAAUACUUGUUGCAACACCACAAAUAGCACUUUGAUUAGCAAUGGUACUGUUGAUACUGUUUCUUCAUCCAACUCUACUUUCAAUUCAACACUGAAUUCGACGGAUUGCACAAGCUGUACAGUCACAAACACAACCAUACACAAUGGCACGAAUGAUAAGACCAAUCAAACAGAUCCUGGAGUGAAUACUGAAGAAAAUUAUUACUGUCAUGGAAUUCUGUACUCCAACAUUACAAUUGUGUGCAGCGGUCAUGGAGAUUGUGUCUCAACAGACGAGUGCAAAUGCAGAGAUGGAUACCUUGGUACAGAUUGCUCAGCUCCAAAUUGCACCGCUCUCAACAAUUGCAGUUUUAGUGGUCUAUGUAUUGCUCCAAAUAAUUGCUCCUGUUUUACUAACUUUUUCGGGGACGAUUGCUCUCAGCAACGUUCGUAUCCAUCUUACAAUAGGUGUGUUGAGAUAUCCCUAAGCGGUACUUCAUUUUGCAAUGAGACAGCAAGUAUGAAUCAUGAAAUUCUAUUUUAUGAAGGGGCCGUAAAUGCGUCUCAUCUCUCCAAGCUUCUUGAUGAACGAGCUCAAGCAUGUCACACAACUGUUGUGGCUGCUCAACAACUAUCUUGUGACGAGAAUUGCCAAAACGCGUUAAAAGAAUUUUGUUGCCUUGAUGCAUUCCAACAAUGUAACAGAGAGCAGUUAAGUGAGGAACCCAUGUGUAGAGAUACUUGUGAAUAUUUAUCUGAAGCAUCUAAUGUUGUGUUGUCUUGUGAAAAGUAUCCCACAGAAAAGUGUAUGAACGUUUCUUUUAAUUUUGAGCUUAACGGAACUAGAAACAUCGACAACAGUACAAACCAACAAGGCACUUCGUGCAAUGGGGUGGAAAGCACAAACACCUUAAUCGUAUGCUCAGGAAGAGGUACGUGUACUGCACAAGACACUUGUGAAUGCAACGGAAAUUAUAAUGCAAGCUCUUUUUGUUCCACCUGCAUUGCUGGAUUUCAAGGAAAGUCAUGCAACCAAAAGAUCGAUCCAACGCCACAAAGUAUUCCAUACAAGCUAGAUCCAUAUUCCUUUGGAUUUACUUCGGAUGGUGAUAAAAUAGUUGGUAUUGUGAUUUCGUCUCCUCAAUGGCCUGCUGUGAUCAAUUGUGACAUGUUGAUUGCUCCUUCUGACUUGCCUCUUCUCGGAGACUAUGCUACAUGCUCUCUUCUCUCUGGUCCAACAAAUUCCACUCUAGAAAUAACACUUGGAUUCAAUCCUACUGUCGUGGAUCAAAGCGUCAUUUCGUUUGUUGCAACCAAUCCGUUUGAUGAGAAUAUUUUGAUUCGAGUAUACAGCGAGAUUGUGAUUGGUAUUGGUGGUUUUGUCCCUUUGCCUCCAACUAUUGUGCUCAACGAAAAGCCAUUCAUUUCCAGUUGUGAUGAUUUGUAUUUAGAUGCCUCAGAUUCAUACUCCAAUGACAAACGUCCCUUAAGCUUUUCAUUUUCUGCAGUCUCUGCUCCAACUGUUAACGAUUUGAAUCGAUUACAUUCAUACAUUCAGACUGCAUAUUCCAAUUCAGUGUUCAACAGUGCAGCCACUUUGUAUAUUGACAUGGAAACGAUUCAGUCCUUGUCACAGGGAUCUUACAAGAUUGCACUGCAUGUCUUCUCAAUGUUCAAAAAGAAUACUACCAAAGUCAUUGAUGUUACAAUCCUGAACAAUGCUGUACCAUCAUUGAGCAUUGAUAAGGGGCUGUCAAGCACAAUUAUGAUUGGACAAGAAGUCAUUUACACACCCAUUAUUUCAUUCCCAUUCUGUUAUUUGGGAAAUGGAGAUACGACAUUUAGCUAUUCGUUGGACUCGACCAAAUCAUCUGCUUCACAAGUGUCAAUAAUCUCUCAAAACUCCAUGUUGAUAUUUGGUCCAGGUUAUACAGAACUGUCUCGAGAAGGCAUGUACUACUUUGUAGUGACAGCUUCAAGUCACAAGGCUGUUACUACUUCAUUAGCUUUCACAGUUCAUGCACAAUUACCACCGCUUUCAAUAGCAUUUGAUCGAGGUGACACUACCAUAUCUAUGGAAGAUGUAUUUGAAUUCAGAGUUGUCACUUUUGAUUCAAGCCCAAUACAAAAUUUCACAGAACAGGAAGUGAUUGAAAUUGUGUGUUUCAAUGUGACUCAAGGUAUUGAGCAAAGCAAGCAAUGUGAAAACAUUUCAUUGCCAAUUACCACCACCUAUUCGACCUCUCUUGCUCCAGGAAAGUAUAAAUUUACUGCAUCGGUGGUGAAGGGUUCGAGAACAUCCACUGCAUCUAUCAUUGUGACGGUCGUUCAAACAUCAAAGAGCUCACUCCUUCAAGUUUCCAUCAUUAGAGCUGAUGAAAGCUCGUUGGAGAGUUGGCUUGGUGCAGUUGCUUCCAACGAUGUGCCAGUGGAUCCUUCCAAACCACUCAUACUGCAGUCGUAUUGCACGGACACAUUGUCACAACCAACCUAUUUGUGGUCGGUCAGUUCAGGACUCAUAACUCUCCCCGAAGAAUCUCUCUCUAAAAGCUAUUUAAUCAUUCCAACGGAGCUGUUAACGGCUGGUCAAACGUAUUCUGUGUCAUUGCUCAUUCGAGAUGGCAUUCCUUCUCGCACUGGAUCUGCUUCCAUUAGUUUUGUUGUGAACUCAUCGCCAACUACAGGAAGUUUAGAGAUUCUUCCUUCCGUGGGGUCAGCUUUAACCACACAGUUCAAUAUCAAGUGUGGAACUGGAUGGAUCACAAGCAAUACGCCACUCACAUUCAAGUUUAUGUAUUUUGACGAGUUGAACCAGUGUUGGGUUCCUUUGGCUGAACGAUCAGAAAUGCAAACGAUCAAAACAGUCCUACCAAACACUUGUCUUAACACGAGUGAAUGUCAUUUAAGGAUUAAAGUCGUGGCAUUUGAUAGAUAUGCAGCGUCCUCAGAGAUGGAAUCCAGCGUGACCGUUGAAAAGCCGAUUACCUCGAUGGCCAUAAGCACUCUCUCCUCACUGACAUCAAGAAUGAUUACUUCGUCGAGUGUUCUCAAUAUGGCGUCCAUCACAGCCUCUCUUGGAGUUAUUACGUCAAUAUCUACGGAAACAACCACUCAGCAACAACGAGAAGAAUUGUCCAAUGUAACAGCAACAAUUGUGAACGCCUUUAUUCAGAGCAAAUGGAUGAAAUCAAACAUUGCUCAGACCACAGAGUCUGUGAGUGCAACCCUCUCAAUUUUUUCAUCCAUGAACGCAGGAAUUCAAUACAUGACGAAAACUUCUGUGACAACCAUUGCGGACGCUCUUGCCAAUAUUACCGAACUUGCAGCAAGUAGCUCUCAAAUUGUCAUUAGUGAAAGCGUUCUUAAUACCACCAAAAAGAUUUGUGACACACUGUUCAAAUAUAUUACGGAAAAGAGUGCGAGCAGUAACAAGCAAACCAAACGAACGACGUUACCACAGCUCCGUUACGAGUUAGAGGUCAUCAAUAACGCGUAUGAGAAUUUGGCUAUUUCCUACUUGAAAAGUUUAGUUCCAGACAUGCCUCCAUCCGUCAGUACCACUCCUUACUCUUUUCAAUAUUCGGUACGAUCGAGUCUAGGAGCAUUGUUGACUGGCUUACAAGGAACGCUGGAUGGUAAAAACUCAUUUUCACUGUAUCCAAGUGUGAUUUCGAAUGGAAUUUUGUGGUCCAUGAGGAGCCUAGAUAUUCAUAUGAAGAGUUAUGAUUUGAAACGUCAAAAUGACACGAUUCAAACGCUUUUUGGAUCUUCAGAAGAGCUAAGAAGUGCUGUUUCGAAUAUUGUCGAAUUUGCAGUCAUGAGUUCUUCCAAUCCAACACAACGACUGCAUCUGGUAGGAGAGAGUCCCUUGGCAAACAUCACAUUUGAGAUAUUGAACACAGCAAAUAAGAGGUCAUUGUUUGAGAGCCAAGUUCCAGCAUGUGCCAUGUGGAAUGCCGAUCGCAAAGUAUUUGAGGUUGUCAACUCUACAAAUUCCAUGAACAACAAUGCAUCAUGUAAAAUUGUAGAAACACGACACGACACAGUCACAGCUCAAGUUCAUAGGACUGGACUUUUUAUGCUUGUUCCAAAUCCUGUAAGGGAAUUAAAUCCUUAUACGCCUCCUGGUCAAUCUCCCAUACCCAUUCGCUCUCCUCAACAGCCAACUACUGGCAACAGUGAUUUUGAUAUUGCAAUAGCUGUUGUGGUGUGUGUUGUCAUUGGAGUUGUUGUGGCGACAUGCUUCAUUGUUGCGUGUUUGUAUGUAAUUUUGAAAAAGAUGAAAAGGAUGAAAAAAAAGAAAGCCCAGCAGCAAGUUAACAUGUUCCAUGCACAGCAUAUUCCAAUGAAAUCAUUUCCCUUAAGAGUUGAACAGGAUUACCCAGUAGCACCACCAACACUUGGAACAGUAUAA